CCAUUAUUGGUUAAUAAUUGUGUGGGACGUACCUAUAUUGUGCAUUUCUUAUCAAAAUUGUUGUUCAGAGGAAAUAUAGCUCGAUAAAUGAAAAUCUGGACACUUGUAUUGGCCGCCUGUGCGGCGGCGUCUGCAGUGCCGUCGCUUCCCACAAAUUCAAGAUUUUGCAUCGACGAGUGUAAAUGCAAACUCAGCAAGCUCAUCACUAGUCGCCUGCAGAUCAUCGAUUGCGAUAGACCUCUCACCAUCAAUGCCAGUACAUUCCACUACAUCAGCAAAGCCAUGGUCAAUGUGAUCAGUUUCGAAAAUGUUAACAUCUACCAGAUCCAAGAAUCAGCCUUCAGUGGUUUCAAAAACCUCGAUGACAUCCUGUUCAUCAAUUCGAGAAUUGGAGCCAUUGAUGCCAAGGUAUUCAACAAUACGAAAAGGGUCAAAUUCCAUGGAUGUCGGUUUGAAGACAGUCCAGAUCUUUCCUCUGAAGUACUCGAAGAACUCCACUUUGGUGAAUGUGGCUUGGAACAAAUUCCUAGGCUGAACAACUUGUUGAAGCUCACAUUCCUCAACCUGACUGGCAAUCUGAUCAAAAACGUAGAAGUUGAAACGUUUGCCGAGCUGUUCGAACUAGAAGAACUAUACUUGUCUAAUAACGAAAUCUUCAGGCUUCCAGCUACUAUCUUUAUAAACAAUCAAGAACUCAACAGUUUGUAUCUUGAUAACAAUCCUAUCAAACAUUUCCGUUUGAAUACUUCUGAAAACCUCGAAACUUUGUCGCUUAAAAAUUGCCAACUGGAGACUUUUGACGAAGAGUCUGCAAGGAAACUGUCAACUCUGAAUGAACUCAUCCUCAGCCAUAACCACAUCAAAACCAUUUCGCACAAAUCUCUAGAUCAUAUGAAGGAACUCUCUGUGAUCAACCUUUCCUACAAUAAGUUGACCGUACUUGACGAUGAUGUCUUCUCAGGGAAUCAAAAUCUCAUCAAAAUUGUUCUAGAUGGAAACAAUUUCGAAACUUUGCCACGCUUCUUCCUAAGAAAUGGUAAAGGCUUCACUACAUACACGUUCUCCUGUAACCAUUGUGGUUUGAAAACUCUUGACGGUUCUGUGUUCCAAAACAUGGCAGGCAUGAUCAACUUGGAACUGUCCCAUAAUAAAUUCAAGAACGUUGAUAAUAUUUUCGAUCCUAUCGCGAGCUUGAAGAUUUUGGACAUUUCCUACAAUAAAAUAGCCUAUCUUGGCCCAGCUACUUUCAAAAAUAAUCGUAAUAUCGAGACUUUGAACAUCGCUGGCAAUCCACUGAUGGUUCUUAAUCCUGAGGUAUUCGCCGAUAACGGAGUUCUUAGAGAGAUCGAUGCACGAAAUGCUUCCCUAACGAAACUCUGGGCAAACGCCAACAAUGUUGUUAAAUCAUUGCGCAAGAUCUUGCUUGGAGGCAAUGAACUCGCAACAAUCAGUGAAGAAGAAGCUGAAAUCAUGCCUAAUCUCGAAGCAAUCGAUUUGAACAACAAUCCUCUGAUUUUCGAUGAAAAGCUGUGUAGCCUUAUCCACGAAGCGGAAUUGAGAGGUGUAUCCCCAAUUGAAUACACCAAGAACCUGUACACUGGGAUGGAGAGAACCUUUGGUGAAGACAUCGAUGGAUUCAGUACCAUGGAAUGGAAAGAAUUCCACAAAAACGCAUGCCCACAAAUCACUUCUGUUAAGUACAUUCCAAUACAGCCAGAACUGCUCGAUGAUAUCACAACGGACAAAACCAAUGAGUUGGCCGAUGAGGAAUACGAUGACGAUGACGAAGAUGACGACGACGAUUAUGACUUGUAUGAGGAAGAAACCGUUGCAGAAGAUCAACCAUUGGCUAAAGAUAUGCAUGAGGAGACUUUGGCGAGAGCUUCGUACAUUCUCUCUAUUACCUCGGUGUUCGUUCUCAGUGCCUUGGUUGUUCUUACUGUAGCGGUCGCAGCUACUCUUUGCAUACUCAGAAGGAACAACCGCUUCGAUAUGCACAAGGCUAAUCUUCCCAGGCUGAAGAUUCCUUUGUGGACUACUGGGCAUGGAGAGAAGAAGCACAGUGGAUCUGUGUAUAGACCCUUGUCCGAAGAUCUUUCUGGGCCUAAAACUCCAACUUUCAGUCGCUACGAGUUUCCUGCGACUCCAACCGUCCAUUCCACUUGAACCACGAGGGUAUCUGAAUAUAACUUUAACUCAAUAGUAAUAAGUAUUCCAUAACUGUGGUCUAAUUUUAUGUGGGGCUAUGAAAUUUUAUCAUGCGUAUAGGUACACAUAUUGUAAAUAUCUUUUGACCAACGUGAAUUAAAAUACUUACCCAU